CCUGAGACCGUGCAGGUCAUGUGCGAGCACCAGUGAUUUCUGUCAGUCUGUCCGUCCGUCCGUCUGCCCACCAGCCCGACUAUGCUCCAACCACUGCGGUGUCUGCUUCUAGCCUCUGUCGUGCUGCUCUGCAACAGCGCCCCCACCCCAACGGAGAAACAUGGGGACACCGACGCCAAAUGUCCUCUGAUGGUGAAAAUCCUGGAUGCCGUGAAAGGGACUCCAGCCGGGUCAGUGGCACUCAAGGUGUCUCAGAGGACUGAUGAUGGGGGAUGGACGCAGAUCGCUACCGGGAUGACAGAUGCCACUGGAGAGGUCCAUAAUCUGAUCACAGAGCAGCAGUUCCCAGCAGGAGUGUAUCGUGUUGAGUUUGAUACCAAAACGUACUGGAAGAAUGAGGGCAGCGUGCCGUUCCAUGAAGCAGCUGAUGUGGUGUUUGAGGCCCAUGCUGAAGGUCAUCGACACUACACCUUGGCCUUGCUGCUCAGUCCGUACUCCUUCACCACCACAGCCGUGGUCACCGUCGCACACCAGUGAUACACAUCCCACCGUGAAGGCUGGAGAUCAUCUGUUUUUCUCUUCUUGUCGACAAAUCUCACGUGCUGAUCCAAAACCAACACUGAAUCUAUCUAAUAACAAGUAUUGUGUGUGUGUGUACAGUAUCAUAGCCUGAUAGGGUAUCCUAUCUUCUUCCUCUGUGCCAUAGAGCUCCAUUAAAACACAUGAAUGAGCCUCA